AUGGAAAACAUAGAAAAUAUUCUUGAAAACAUAAUGAAUGACCUUGACAGUGGAAGUUCUUCAUUAUCAAUAAUAUAUGAGAAUUCAGAUGUUCCAAAUGCUGAUCCCGUAAAAGUUAAUGACUCAAAUCUUAGCUUUAUCAUGCUUAGUGAUAACUAUGGAUCUGAAAGGGGUUUGUAUAAAGUGGUGAUAGACCUCUUAUUGUUUCUACUAAGGGAAGUGUUGACGAUUCUUUUGAAGAAGAUUAACAACCUGAAUUCAUGGGAAGUGGUUGCACAUCUUGCGUCCUCCAUCAGAUCUUCUACGGAUCUAUAUGUAGUUAUAGCGGCUCGAUAUGAGCAACGAGCUCACUAUUUCCACUACUUUUAG